AUGGGUCAUUGUGAGCAUUUUUUAACGCCAUAUAUUGUAGUCCUUCAUUUUGAACAAAUAGCAAAUAAAAGCAAUAAGUAUGCAGUAUGUCGUGCUUGUAUUAAUAUACUUGGAAAGGAUGAAACUUAUAAGAACAAAUUUACAAAUACAAAAAAGGAAUGUAUAUGCCAUUUUCAAGACUGUAUAAGUUUCACAACUUUAUAUACAUCUGAACAAAUAAAUGAAUUGCUUGAUAAAGCUAAAAAAGAUGGAGCAAAAUCUAAUAAACCAGUAAAAAAACGAACACAUAUCAUAUUAAAUGAUCUAUCCAGUGAUGAGGAUUCUGAUUCUGAAACUGAAACAAAUAUAAAUCCAUUAUAUGAG